CACCCUGCUCCGUCUCGCCAUGUCGUCGUCCUCGUCCACCGCCCGGGAGCUUCUUGCGGUCAACCUGGCCGCGCUGACAUGCUCGUCCUUGUUCUACGGCAUGUUCCUGGUGCUGUUCGUGACCUCGCUGUAUCUCCUGGUCGCACGGUACCUGGCGGUGCGGCGGUCGAGAAAAGUGCACAGUCCUCCGUCUCUGUUCCGCUCGACUGUCUUCAUCGCGGCGAUCUUGAUGUGGUUCGCCGUCACUGCACACUGGAUCACGACGGUCUACCGCGCGUUCCUCGCGUUCAUCUAUUUUGAUAACGGCCAGGCGGCGAUCCAGUUUUAUCUUGAUGCAACACACACGACGGAUAUAAUGCAAUCAAGCUUCCUGAUGUUCUCGAUUCUAAUGGGCGACUCGUUAAUCAUUCACCGGCUCUGGGUCGUCUGGGAGCGCCGUGUUUCAGUCGUCCUGUUUCCGAUAUGCAGCUUGAUCGCGCUGACGACAUGCAGUGCCGUUUCGUUGUAUACUGUGAGCAGGAAGAACACUAAAGAGGACAUCUUCUCCAAUCCGUGGCUGACGAGCAACUGCGUCCUUACUCUCGUAACGAACGUCUACUGCACUGCUUUCAUCACGUACAAAAUCUGGAACAUCACGCGCGUUGUCAGACCGGUGGGAGGGUCCAGUCUUCGUGAAUUCUUGGUAAUCGUGAUGGAGUCCGCGGCAAUUUACGCGUACGUGCCACCACCUACUCUCACUUCCCCGACUCACCAUCUGCCUCUCGUCCACCCCAGUUCGUGGGCGAUCCUGUUCACAGCGACGUACAAAACACGCUCGCUGCUGCAGUUCCUCGUGAUCCAGUGCGCACCAGAAGUCGUCGGCAUCGUCAACGCGCUGAUUCACACGCGCGUGGGGCUCGGCUGGGCCGUGGAAGCCGUCACGCCGCUCGACGGGCCGUCCGAGAAGCUCGCGUUUGCACAGCGCUUUCCGACGCUGGGGCACACGACUGUGAGCGAGACGCUCAAUGGCGCGGGGAUCGGCAGCCUCGACUUGACCGCGACCGGUCCCGGGGUGGAGUGGGCUGCGGGGUCGCCGGACAUGGCUGUGGGCGGUGGCGGGCGAUGGGGGCAGGAAAAGCUGCCGGCCCUGUCCGGUUCGAAUUGGGAUCAGCGGUCUGACUCGAAAGACUCCGAGGAGGACUUGGGAGAGCUGUCUAUCGUGGAUAGACGCAGGGGUUCGACGUUUGACAGCUCUGUGGGCCACUCUACGUACCGGUCUGCUCUGGAAAGCCCAGUGUAG